GUUGUAGACCGACUCAGUUUGUGUGCGUCCGGCUUCCCAGAAACUCGCUUUGCACCCUCUGUGUACACCACUGUUCUGCGGAAUGCGUCCGAACGGUUUUUACGCGGAUGUUAAUCGCUUCUUGUAAUAUUAUUUCCAAGUUUAGAUGUUACGAGCCUUUUGUUGUUGCCCGCUAUUUUUCGCUCAUGAGUGCGGAAUGGUGAGAGUGACCAUGUUGCUGUUUACGGCACUUUUUUUCCUAGAAAAGUGCUGGUUCUGUACUUGUCUUGUGAUUAAUCCGGGGAGUUCCGGCGGCCUCACCAGCGGCGAUCCCGCUCCGGGGCGCUCGCCGGGACCCCCGGAAAUCGAGCUCACCACGCUGCUUCUGCCCCAAGAAGCGGACGAGUGCGGACUUGAAGGAAACGUUCAACUUGCAACGGAAAAUUUUAUCAAUCUUACGCUGGGGCACAGACUUUUUAUUACGGACCACUUAGUCGCAGGAAUGGAGUACCAAGUUAACUUGAAGAGGAUCCGAGAAGGACCUGUCAUAACAUUCUCGAUAAAAUCAACAGUUGAUGGCGUUCCAAAGGGAAAAUUUAUCAACACAAUCGACGAAUUAAACUGUUGGCCGAACGUCUUUAAAAGUCACUUGAAUGGGUCGGCAUUAACGCUCAAGUGGACGAUGGAAGACAGCGAGGAGUUGGCGAAAACGAAUUUAACUUUCGAAGUGAAUUACCAAGUGUCAGACGAUCCAUCUGUCUACAGAGUGAUAUAUUCUUUUCCAAUAAGUCAAGAUUGCCAACUCCGCCUGAAAAAAGAGGAAGCCGUGAUAAGUUGGCGAGAUUUUCCCCAUUCCAUCAGCGACUGUCAAGUGUGGUUUCCCAGCCACGAUACAGGCCACAGUCUCGUCAUCGAACUCACAAGACUCAAUGUGCCCUGCUCUAAAGGCUACAUCCACUUUUCCGGCCUCAACAUCACGCAACACCAGCAGUUCCGGAGCCACCGGCAAGCGCAUCUCUGCGGAAAGCUGGAGGAACUGCCGGAGAGCGACCGGAAUGUCUACUUCCCCUUUUCCCAUACUCCUCCGGUUAUGCACACUCAUGGUAAUCCGGUCUUCGCGUUAUCCUACCAUCUGGUCGAUUACUGCUACAAUGUCACUUUUGUCGCAAGAAACGGCUCCUUCGAACUCAAGCCUACGGAGGAGCUGCAGUGCACUUUCAAAAUUUAUCUGCCGUAUGGGAACAGAGUGGCGCUAAAUCUGCAGAUCGGGGACAGCACUUCCACAGGGACUCCCGCGACGGACGCCCUUCUGCAGAAUCCGAAGAGCGGCGAGAAAUGUGAUGGUUUACUGACGCAACUCCACGACGGAGACAACACUUGGUCCCACUGCACUAAGCCCGGAGACGCCGAGCGUCGGAUUGAAAUUGUAUCAAGAGGGAAUAAGGUGGUGCUGCGGGUAAAUGUGCGUAGUUCUAAUAGGGGUUCUUUGGGAUUACGGAUGAUGUAUCAUGCUACACCGAUUGAGGAGAUCGUGGGUGCGUGCGGAUUCGGGUGGGUGACUCUUAAGCAGUUUUGUGUGACGGCUGUGGAGGAGUUUAAACUGCCAUGGGCUCAGGCAGAAAUGGAGUGCAUCAGGAGGGGAGGACACCUGGCGAGCAUCAGGAGCGACUACGCACAGAACAUCAUCAACAACCUGCUUCUGAAUAGCCCCGGGUAUCGGGACCACAACGCUUAUUGGAUCGGUGCGUCUGAUAAAAUCGUCGAGGGUGACUUCCGGUGGUCCGACGGCCUCCCCUUCUCGUUCACGAAUUGGUUUCUCGGAUGGCCUCAGCAUGGACACUACAAUCGGCAGCCUAACGACGACGGUCUUAGCGAACAAGACUGUGUGGAAGUUAGAAGGAUCUAUUCUCUGCCGUCGGCUUCGGCUAGUGUGGCGUCGGCCUUUAUGUGGAAUGACAGAGAUUGUUCCACGCCUAAUUACUUCAUCUGCGAAAGAUUAAUUAACGAUGAGCCGUUGGAGGACAAUUGGCCGCCGGAUUGCAAUAGAUCGGUGGAACUAUCCAGACAGCAGCCCCGAUCCGUUGUCUCUAGCCCCGGAUUUCCACGUCAUUAUCCAGACAACACGGAUUGUGACACCGACAUCACAGCGCCUCCUGGUUAUCGACUCGUUCUGGACUUUGAGGAGUUGGUUCUCGAGAACGAACCUUCUUGCAGCUACGACUAUUUGGAGAUUUUGGAAAAUAACAACGUUACUUCCGCCAUAAAUUCAACUUCUGCGAGGCGUCUGUGUGGCGACUGGAGUUCCAAACUAAAAUUGCUUCGAUACGUCAGUAAUGGGUCGAAACUGAAAUUAAGAUUCAGCUCGGAUUAUUCGCAUCAUUUCGGCGGGUACAAGGCGCGUGUCUCGAUGGAAAGCGCAUCGCAAUGCUCCGAUGACCGCUUACACAUGUUCAACAACUCGUGCUACCUAUUUGUAAGUUACCCUGAAGUAACUUGGUCAACGGCGCAAGAAAUCUGCAAAGGCAAAAAAGGCCAACUGGCCUCGAUUCUAAGCACCGAAGAAGAACGUUUCAUCACAACGAACAUUCGCAAAUCUAUUGAAUAUCGCACUAGUGCGCUUUAUUGGCUCGGAGGAAAGUCCGAAACCGAUUCCGGCUUUAAAUGGACGGACGGAAAUCCGAUGCAAUAUAUGGGCUGGCUGCCAGGACAGAAACCAGCUGACGAUACAAACGUCAGAUGUCUGGGGAUUCAGUGGACACCGUCUCCAACACCGAUGCUCCCCAGCGGCUUCUACUGGAAAUCGCGUAGGUGUAGCACCCACGGUGGUUACGUGUGCAAAAAACCGAGUCAAAUAUCGGGGGUUGGGAUUAACUUUAAUCGAACGGUAAACGGAUCAGAGGGUAGUUUAACGAGUCCUUAUUAUCCCGAUCACUACUACAACCACUUGGACUUUUCCGUGAGGAUUCUCGGGCCGGACAGGACACGUCUGGUGGUGAAGUUCUUGAAAAUUGAUAUCGAGCACCAACUGGAGUGUCUGUACGAUUUCGUGGAGCUGUCAAGCGGAGGACAAAUCGGCGACGCUGUGAAGUUCUGUGGGACUCAUGACACCGACAUGCAUCGGUUCAACUUUGUGUCGGAGGGCAACGAAGCGGAAUUGAGGUUCCAUUCCGAUUACUCAAUAUCGGGAAGUGGAUUUUCACUGACGUGGCAUGCCGUCGACGUUUCCGCAUGUCCUUUGCAAACUCUCACGGCCAAGGAAGGGGUCCUAACUAGCCCAAACUACCCCGACUUUAUCCUGGCACAUUUAAAUUGUUCCGUGACGAUUUUAGCGCCGGUAGGGAAACGCGUCUGGCUGGAGUUUCACGAUUAUGACAUCGAAAGGACGACCUUACAAGGACGAGGCAAAAAUGCGUUGUUGGAAGUGACCUUAGGGAAGGAGUCCCUGCCCUUUGAGCCCUUCGAGUCGGAAACCCUGCUCACCGAAGGCACUUUCCUCUCGGACGAAGAAAGAUUAAAAAUCAGUCUCCGCACCGGCGACCGACCCUCGGGUAAGGGAUUCCGAGCAAUUUACAAAAUCAUUACCUCGGCUCAAGAAGAGAAAAUUAUCAAUCUCAAGCAGAAUUCAUCCGGAUUGCUCCUCCACCUUAAUUACCCAAAUAACCCUCCAAUUAAUAUUAAUUUCCUCCAACACUUUAUCGCACCCUUGGGAUGCACAAUAUCCUUGGAGUUUUUUCGUGUCAAGCUCAGCGACAAGGAGUGUCUGGAUGGAAAUGGCGUCAUUGAAGUGUACGACAAUUAUUAUGACACGAACGGAACCUCGUGGAAAUUAUGUUAUGACGCAGACACGGAAGACGCUAUCGCCCCCGUGACUCCAAUAUCGAUCACUUCGUUCCUAAACACAUUACACGUACGCCAGAAGAGUGGAGUUGUCGGAGUUGCCCUAAAUGGCAGUCUUCGGGUUCAGCCCGAUCCGGAAUUUAAACCAAAGCUCCUCAAACAUAAAGAUGAUGAAGUGGAGUCAUGCAGUCCCAACCCGUGCCAAAACGAAGGCAAAUGCGUCACGAAAGAGCACCAGAGUUUCUGCCAAUGCACCGGCCAUUUCAUCGGUCUCUUCUGCGCCUUGACCAAAUGCGAGCUGGAACCGUGCGUUUUCGGAACGUGCCACCUGACCAACUCGAGCUACUCCUGCCAAUGCAAGCCCGGCUACGUUGGCCCCAACUGCGAACAGAAACGCAAACCGUGCGAGGGAAAUCCCUGCGAGAGCAGAGGCCUGUGCAUCGAACGUGGGGACAGCUUCCAGUGCCGGUGCCAUGCCUGGUGGGAAGGCCCCAGAUGUGAAAAACGAAUGCUGCACAUCCCCUACAAACCACUCAGUGAAAGGAUGUUUCACGAACCGUUUUGGCUGGGCCUGAUGACCGUCUGCGUGGUGAUGGCAGUCAUCGGACUGGUUUGGUGCGCCAAGAGACACUUCCCCGAAAAAAUCGAAAAACUCUUGGCCGAAGAAAACGACAGGAAUAGAAGCACAAUUUCUUCGCUGAGGAGUUCGUCGGUUCGCGAGCAGCUGGCCGCAGCUUCAGGAGCCGCUUCCGUGACGGUGACCCCCAGUCCAGGUCCGACAGCGCCUCGUUCCCUUUUUGGCCGCCUGGGUAUCCGCAAGCCAUCCAUCCUCAGCCUGACCAGUCCACACGCCAGCGGCUACGUUCCCGCCACCGCCCGAACGUUUAGUUUGGACGAUUUGCUAAAACCUCUCCCGAGACGUAAGGCCUGGUGCCUGAGCUGUAAAUGUCAACACACCUCUAUACUCUUAUACUCGCUCACUCUCUAUUUUUCUCUACUUCUUCUCUGUUGUCGUAGACCAGAAUGCCAAUGUUCCUUUAUCCUCACUAUCUUGCGUGUGGCUGGUACCCCAUCUCCGAAGAAAAAGCGAAACAACUCGACGCCGACCAAAAAGAACGCUGCUGAGAAGAAGCAGAUUCUGCAGCAGUUAAUAUCGCCUGGUAAUAAGCAGUUGUCUCGCAAAGUAAGCCUCGGUGAGCUGAUGCAGAUGAGCGAGAAAAAGCUGAAAGAAAGUGGCGAACAAAAGCCAGACGCAGAGUCGCGAAUAAAAGAGACGAAAUUUGGCGAAGGCGACAGUGUUCAGAGCGCUUUGAACGAUCCAAAACUCGAGAAAAAAGUAACAUUCGCUCGUUUAUUAAACAAAGUCUCUGCCGAAAUGAGCUCCGGCUCGGAGAUGGAGCUUGGCAUAAUGCAGAGCAAUCGAUUAGGUUGCGUUUUCGCGCGUCCUUCCAGCACCCCACCUUCGCCAAACGUAGACGCCAGAUCGCCUAACAGUACCUCGAGUAACCAAGGUAGUGAUUCGUUCACCAGCUCUGAUCUCGCGAUCCCGAGUGCUUUGAGUUCAAGUAUUUCAGAUCUUUUGAGCAGCCGAAAGAACAGUCGCUUGCCCAACGGCAGACAAAAGCCAGCAAGUGCCGAUUCUAUCCUUGCUAUGUUCCGGAAUUUCUCGGCGAGUUCAGCUGGGGCCAAUUUGCCCUCCUCGCUGAAGGUCUCCCCGUCUACCACUCCCACGGCUUCGAGUCCGCAGGACGACAUUGUCGGCGACGACGAGUCGUCCACUUCGUCGAUUCACACUCCUGUCUCGUUCUCCAGCGGGCCGCCAGAGAGCCCUGUCUUGCACCGGCCGAGCCAGAGCACGAUAGAAGUGCCCGUGCUGGACCCCCUGAGCGCGCACAAGUCGCCCAGCAGCGGCAGCAACUUCCUGCAUCCGCCCACGAUACUCUUAGAGAUACCGAGCACAAUCAACAAGUGCCUUUCGCCCAUUCGGGAGAUGCCUACGCCGUUACCUUCGCCGAUCCCAUCGCCAGCACUCACACCCAUCAUGCGACGAAGUCACAUCUCCUCGUCUCUGGAGGACGCCGCUGAAAUGAGUGACGACAGGAUGUCGGUAGAGCUUCCCAAUAUCUCCAUCAGCGAUGACGACGACAUGCCGUGCACGCAAGACAUCGCCAUCGAUCCGCAAGCCGAAGACGGACUUAUCUUAGAAGAAGCCGCAGCCAUGCACCAAAACUCCACGCGGAAAGGAAAACAUCGUCCCCCGCCUCUUGGUCAAACCGUAAAAUCGCAACCGCUAGUAAUACCCGUACUCACAAUCCAAACUCCCUCCCCGACUCACUCAAAAACUCCCUCAAUUCUCUUCCCCGGCUCGCCCCCGCCUCAAAAACCCCACCAUCAGGAACCUUCAUUCCAGUUCCCACCUCCCAAACAAAACCGCAAACUCUACAAAGACCUGGACAAGCCCAACUCUCUAGAUCUGCCUUGUGCGCCCCCAAUGAUCACAAUAACGUGCAAUAUGAGUGAGGCAGAAUCAGAUGCCGAGUCUAUAUCCCCAGCUGCGAAAGCCUCAGGACAUUUGGGAGGUGCCUCAGCUGGAAUGACCUAUCUAAGCCCUUUUUCCAUCGCACGAGGUGAACACAACGCAUCUGAAUCUAAUCUAAGUUCAUCCGGGUACAGUUCAAUGGCAAGUCCAGGUCCUUCUAGAUGCGGUUCUAGCAAUCCCUUGUGUCCUUCCGAAAUGGAGGACCAAGGACCUCCCGGGUCCGGACCAUCCCAUCGAAGACCGUCCCCAGUGUUAAAAACCAACUCCAAUCCUUCGGAACGGUCAGACAUGGACAAGAAAACGGAAGAACAAAGGCGGGGACGUUCCGAUUCUGAGACACUCUCAGAUGAUCCUCUUCUAGAAUCAAACGACGAAGGCAUCGGAACUGACCACAUUGAUGAGAAAAUCGAGGAAGGUGAUGUCAAAAGUGCGAAAGAACUCGAAGUCUUUAUGGUUAGUGAAAACGAAAAUACGAAAACCCUUCUGGACUUGCCCCUAAUACCACCCCCAACAAGGCCCGCAAAAAGCAUAGAGGACAACAUGGAGCGGCUCCUGCCGCCGCCAGUGGCCCCAGCCGGGAAAAAAACCCUCCAAUUGCCUUCAAUAAUAGUACAGUGUGACGGUUCCGGCUGUGAAAAACUCCUAAGUCCGAUGAGUUCGCGUAGUGAAAGCCCGUUAAGUGACCGUAGCGGUUUGGAUCGCUUCUCCCCACACUUCUACGGCAGACACAAAGAUCUACUACCUUUCACCGAUUCGGACGGACUUUACGACUUCUCCAGCACCGAUAAAAUGAACGUGAUGAAAAUGACGCAACAUAAAAAGACGAGCAAAAAGCGCGAUAAAAAACUCGUCAGGCACUGUAAGACACCGAGCCCCACUAAACCAACAAACCCCCUUUUACCGCACAACCAUCUCGACGUUCCCUCGAAAGACUCUUUCUACAAAGUUCCGCCGCCCCGGAAACUGAGCCCCAAAAGGAGGGCCACGCGGUCGCAAAUUGUUAGCUCAAGUUCGAGUUCCGAUAGUAUUAAUUCGAGUCGAGAAGUUCGGAUGUCUUCUUCUAGUCCUAGUCCCGAUACCAUUAGGUGGUCUUCACCCAUCGAUUGGCUGGACGAGAAAUGCCAACAAAAUGCACACGAAGUGGAUAAUUACGAUGAUGCCAGUAGUGCGAUGCUACCGAAAGCGGCCCCAGUUACGAGGCACCAAAAGAUAAGCAGAUUAAGGGCAAUUAGUCACCAAAUAAGAUUUUUGAGAAGAUUAGAACUUAGUUUGAAACGAAGAGAACGCACGGUCAGCCCUUCGGACAGUUUGGACAGUGGCGGAGACGACGAUUCUCCCCGUGCGACGUCCCCUUUACUCCAACAGUCGCGAAGUGGAAAAGUUGAGAUCCAGAAAAGUAGUAGCAUAGGAAAACUUCACAGUAGUCAAAGUAGCAAAACAAAGCGAGGCAAAUACAAGCGCGGUGAACUUUUGCUUCCGCAACAAGAAGAAAAAUCGUGGAAGAGAAUAGUUAUCACCGGAAAUGGUCACUCCGACUAAGUGUUUUAAGAAACGACACUAAAACGUACUGAUAGCUGCUAGUAAACGAAAAACGAAUAAAUCAAUAUAUUCUAAAACAUCGAACAAUCAUAACUGUAAAUUUUAAAUUGCAAUAUUUUAAAAAGUGAAUAAAUCCUGAAGCUUGUUGAUAACUUAUAAACCAUUUAUCGAAUUUACAUAUAAGGAUGAUUAAUAAUUUAAUGCUCAAGCGCGUUGUUGUUAAAUGUUGCACAUUGUUUAGGUUUCAUUCAGGCCCUACAGUUACAAAACGGCUAACACAUUGACCACUGGCCGGUAAAUCGGAGCAAUAUUUCUUAAUAAUAAAUUUGCUGUAAAAACCCCAUUUCGACGCGUUAUUGCUUCGGUUUCCCGCUGAGUCGUUAUAAAAUUGUAAUAAAUGUAAAUAAUGUCGUCCAUGACUUUCAAAGAUUCCCAGCGAGGGAUAACCACGGAAAUCAAGCUAACCUGGUUCAAGAAAGGCUUGUAAAUGAGACUGAUUUUCUACUAUAUUUAAAUUUUAGCCAUUGUUUUGUUAAUGCACUGUUCAUGUCCAGUCAAGUUUCCACUCCCACCCAACACGUUAUUGUCAUACGGGUAUCGUUGUUUGUUGGUACCACUGUGAUAGACCCAUUACACUGUAUGUAACUUAACUUCUACAGCAAUAUUAUGAAGGGAGCAAGAAGUCUUUUGGCACAAACGAGCAAUUAUAUAUGUAGUAUUGCACACUACUAUCUACGAACUAAACUUUCGUUGUACUUACUGUAACUUUAAGAAAAUGUCUUUCAUUGCGCCAUGCGUUCAAUACUAUAUAUUUUCUAUGUUGUUUAUUUGCUGUAUUCAUCGAAAUUUUAAUAAACUGCUUGUUUUCUUAACAA